UCCCAGAAAGGAAUUAUUUGCAAAGCGGAACCUAUGUCUCACAAAAUACGGUAGAUGGACAACGGACAAAACAGUGACUUACACAGGAAGUAAAGUUCAAUCAGAAGGUUUGCUGAAUUUGACAACAAUACCACAACACUAUAAUUGUGGAUUAGGUAUUUAAUCUUAAAUUGAUUUAAAACGUAUUUAAAGUCAAAAUGCUGAUCAAGGUUAAGACUCUCACUGGCAAAGAAAUAGAGAUCGACAUUGAGCCCACAGACAAGGUGGAGAGAAUUAAAGAAAGGGUGGAGGAGAAAGAGGGGAUUCCACCUCAACAACAAAGACUCAUCUACAGUGGAAAACAGAUGAACGAUGAGAAGACAGCUGCGGACUACAAGAUCCAGGGAGGCUCAGUGCUGCAUCUGGUCCUGGCGCUAAGAGGAGGGCUAGUCUGCCACUGUUCCUGCAUCCACCUCAUCUCCUAGUGGGGCAGUGGGGCCAACCGUAGUGGGCAGAGUUUGUCAUCGUCACACCACAGAGCAGCAAUUUGGACUGCUAUAAUUCCUCUGUGUAGAUUGUAUGGUUGGUUACAAAAACACUGUUGGAAUUUAAGUAAGUGGGACACAGCGAGAGAGUUUGGACACUGGUUAUUUUGCUUGUGAAUAAAAGGUGAAAUGUA